CUAGUAUAAAUUGCGCGACUCUGGUUGAGAUACUGCGUCCUUCCUUCUUCCCCGGUCAAUCGUAGUAAUCACUCUGAGCCGGUUCGAGCGAGCGUCAAACCGAAUCUUCGUUCUAGACCUAUUGUUUGGUGCUCUACUCGCUCCAGCUUGAGUAAUGGAGACCUUUCUGUUCACUUCUGAAUCUGUCAAUGAGGGUCACCCUGACAAGUUGUGCGACCAAGUCUCUGAUGCAGUGCUUGAUGCCUGCCUUGAACAGGACCCCGACAGCAAGGUUGCCUGUGAAACUUGCACCAAAACUAACAUGGUCAUGGUCUUUGGAGAGAUUACAACCAAGGCCAACGUAGACUAUGAGAAGAUUGUUCGGGACACAUGCCGCAACAUUGGAUUUGUCUCUGAUGAGGUUGGUCUUGACGCCGACAAAUGCAAGGUUUUGGUGAACAUUGAGCAGCAGAGCCCUGAUAUUGCCCAGGGCGUUCAUGGCCACUUUACCAAGCGCCCAGAGGAGGUUGGUGCUGGUGACCAGGGUCACAUGUUUGGGUAUGCCACCGAUGAAACUCCUGAAUACAUGCCACUGAGCCACGUCCUAGCAACCAAGCUCGGAGCACGCCUUACCGAGGCUAGGAAGAAUGGUACGUGCGCUUGGCUGAGACCAGAUGGUAAGACACAAGUAACUGUUGAGUACUACAAUGACAAUGGUGCCAUGGUUCCCGUUCGCGUUCACACUGUCCUCAUUUCCACCCAGCACGAUGAGACUGUCAACAACGAACAAAUUGCUGCUGAUCUCAAGGAGCAUGUUAUCAAGCCUGUAGUCCCUGAGAAGUAUCUAGAUGAUAAGACUAUCUUCCAUCUUAAUCCUUCUGGCCGCUUUGUCAUUGGAGGACCUCAUGGGGAUGCUGGUCUCACUGGAAGAAAGAUUAUCAUUGAUACUUAUGGUGGUUGGGGUGCCCAUGGUGGUGGGGCUUUCUCUGGGAAGGACCCCACGAAGGUUGACAGAAGUGGCGCUUAUGUGGCCAGGCAGGCAGCAAAGAGUGUUGUGGCAAAUGGGCUUGCCCGUAGGUGCCUUGUGCAAGUUUCUUAUGCUAUUGGUGUGCCUGAGCCAUUAUCAGUUUUUAUUGAUACAUAUGGAACUGGAAAGAUUCCUGAGAGGGAGAUUCUUCAACUCGUGAAGGAGAAUUUUGACUUUAGGCCAGGGAUGAUCACCAUUAACUUGGACCUCAAGAGGGGUGGCCAUAGGUUUCUCAAGACAGCUGCUUAUGGACACUUUGGAAGGGAAGAACCAGACUUCACUUGGGAAGUUGUGAAGCCACUCAAGUGGGAAAAGCCUCAAGCUUGAAGAGCUACGAAUAGUAAGCCUACCCUUAACUAGUUUGUGGACGAAUAAUUCGCUUGUUGUGGUUUCUGCUUCGCCAUCCACAGGUUUAAUGCAAUAGCUGAUGUGCCCAACCCAUCUAUCCGUUAAGACUUAAUAUGUUCUCUUUUUUGUUCCUUUUUCCCCUCUCGCGAUCCCAUUCUUGUCAUAUAUGUACCGUUACCAGUGUCCCAAUGAACGCGUAUCAGAAUUUUGUCC